AUGACCUGGAAUCUGCGUGGCUUAGUGCCAGGGCAGAAUGACACCAAGCCACCGGUAUUCUUGAAGUGGAGGUCAUCUAAUGCGUUUAUUAUCUUCGUGGUGGUUUUUGCUGUCUUCACGGAUGUUUUACUUUAUGGACUGAUUGUUCCCGUGGCUCCUACCGCUUUACAUGAGAGGGUUGGGAUGUCUGUUGAUCAGGAACAAUCAUGGACGUCUAUCUUGUUAGCAUUGUAUGGCGCAGCGCUAUUAGCAGCAUCGCCCGUUGCGGGCUACAUCGCCGACCGCUUUGAGUCUCGAUGGUGGCCACUCAUUGUCGGAUUGCUGGCACUAGGCGCUUCCACGGCUCUACUCUGUGUAGGGACUCACCUUAGUCUCUGGAUCAUUGGCCGUAUCUUCCAGGGCGCAUCCGCAGCGGUUGUAUGGACGGUCGGAGCCGCGUUGCUGGUCGACACGGUGGGAAAAGAUGGCCUUGGGCAGGCAAUGGGCUAUAUCGGCAUGGGUAUGACCUUUGGAAUCAUGGGUGGGCCACUCCUUGGUGGUGUCAUCUAUGCCCGUGGCGGAUACUAUGCCGUCUUUGCUCUGGCAUUUGCUCUCGUCGGUGUGGAUAUUGUUUUGCGGUUGGUCAUGAUCGAGAAGAAGCAUGCCGUGAAGUGGUUGCAACAGGAGAAGGAACAAGGUCCGGAUAUUUCGCCGUCUGAAACCACGGAGAAGUGCUCUGAUGCGGAAGAUGUUACUGAUCGAUUGUCCGCUGGUGCAUCUGAUGAUAAGUCCAAGGAACCGGUUGCAAUCGGACAGCAGGCUGCUGAAAGUAUUGGACAUGCGAGUCCCAAGAAGACUAGAAGCGCUGUUCUUACUCUUCUCGCUUCAGAGCGCAUGAUAGUCACCAUCUGGGCGUACUUCAUCGUCUCCGUGGUCCUGACUUCAUUUGACAGCGUCCUUCCUCUCUUCGUCGAGGACACUUUUGGCUGGGACCAGACAGGUCAGGGGCUCAUAUUCGUGCCCUUGUCCGUCCCUCAUAUUUCGGAUCCGUUCUUCGGCUGGAUCAACGACAAGUUUGUGAAUGCACGACGCUAUAUGGCGGCAGGAGCAUUGUUCUCCACCAUACCCUUCAUGGUGCUGCUCCGUCUUGUCACGCACGAUUCCAUGGGCCAGAAGGUGUUGUUAUGCGCAUUGUUGGUCCUCAUCGGCUUUUGUAUAGCCUCAUUGAUGCCUCCCCUGUUGGUUGAGGCGUCAUACAUUGUGGAGGAAAAGGAAGCACAGGACCCGAAUAUCUUCGGUAAGGGUGGUGCCAUGGCUUUGUCAUAUGGCAUCCUCAAUUCCGCGUAUGCUGCUGGAACCAUUGUUGGUCCGUUCUUUGCGGGCUUUAUCCGGGAAAAUGCGGGCUGGAAGACCAUGACGUGGGCUUUGGCCUUGCUGACUGGUGUAUCUGGUGUGCCUAUUCUGUUGUUCUUGGGAGGGUUUCUGUUCAGGAAGAAGCGAAGUGAAACGGCUGAAUCGGAAGAGUGA